UCUGCCAUGAACACUUGGUUCAGCAGCUGAGCACACUGCACUAAUCAGGUCAAGGACAUGGGUGGAUUUCACUCUGGUUAACUCAUGUGCCUUCUUCAUUACAAAGCCACAGUUUUCCCAACUCUGGAUAAUGUACUGCAAAUGUGAGCUGUUAGUCAUAAGCCUCCGGGACUUGAGAGGCUCAGCCGACCUGCUGACUGAAAACCGAUAUGGCGGCCACUCUGGGCAGCGGGGAACGCUGGACCCAAGCUUACAUUGAUGCAAUUAGAAGAAACAAAUACCCAGAAGACAGACGACCUGGCAGUCAUGAUCCCUGUGGUUGCUGUAACUGCAUGAAGGCACAAAAGGAAACAAAGCCUGAGAAUGAGAGGAAUCAGACCCGGCAGGGAGAGGGGAGCUCCACUUACACUGAGGAACAGCUACUUGGGGUCCAAAGAAUCAAGAAGUGCAGAAAUUACUAUGAAAUUCUGGGAGUUUCUCGCAAUGCCAGUGAUGAAGAACUAAAGAAAGCUUACCGGAAGCUUGCUCUGAAGUUUCACCCUGACAAGAACUGCGCUCCUGGAGCAACAGAUGCCUUCAAAGCAAUAGGAAAUGCCUUUGCGGUCCUGAGCAAUCCCGACAAGAGACUCCGCUACGACCAGUAUGGAGAUGAGCAAGUGACUUUCACUGCACCUCGACACAGAUCUUACCAUUAUUACCGGGAUUUUGAAGCUGACAUCUCUCCAGAGGAACUAUUCAAUGUGUUCUUUGGAGGACAUUUUCCUUCAGGAAAUAUUCACAUGUUCUCAAAUGUGACAGAUGACAGUCACUAUUAUCGCAGGCGACCCCGCCAUGAGAGGACACAGACGCACAAGAGAGAGGAAGAAGACAAACCUCAGACUCCAUAUUCCGCAUUUGUUCAGCUGCUUCCAGUUCUGGUGAUUGUGUUUAUUUCUGUCAUUACUCAGCUGCUGGCCACUAACCCCCCAUAUAGUCUAUUCUAUAAAUCAACCUUGGGCUAUACCAUUUCUAGAGAAACGCAGAACCUGCAGGUGCCUUACUUCGUGGAUAAAAACUUCGACAAGGCCUACAGAGGAGCGUCUCUUCGUGACCUGGAGAAGACAAUAGAGAAAGACUAUAUUGACUACAUUCAGACAAGCUGUUGGAAAGAGAAACAGCAAAAGUCAGAGCUGACCAAUCUGGCGGGGCUGUAUCGAGAUGAGCGGCUGCGGCAGAAGGCAGAGUCACUGAAACUUGAAAACUGUGAAAAACUUUCCAAGCUAAUCGGCCUCCGGAGGGGCGGCUGAGACGAAGAUGGCCCGGCUCAGGAUGGGGGUUUCUUACUUGUUACUAUUUACAUUGCAAAUCCAUUUUAUAAUACAAGUUAGGAGAUGAUGAACACUUACUAUCUGCUAACUUUGUUGGGCAGAGCUGCAGGACAUGGAGCCACGCUUGUCACCAUCUGUUUCUUCCAGGCCGGCUCCCAGGGCAGGGACAGUUCAUCUAAGUUACGUGAAUGGUAACGUUUGGACUCAGCUCCACUGUGAACGUAGAUCAGGGCAUCCCAGAGAAGACCCACAUUUCUGCCUUCACCCUCCUUGCAGCAAAAGCCCACUCCCUAGGCAUUUCUAGGCUCAGCCAAUCACUUCAAAGUACUGAUGUGUCUGCCGAGAAUUACACCUCUCUUUGCCAUACACCAUCCCCCAGUGUUCGGUUUUCCACUUCCUAAGGAGAGUAGAGAGAAACUGAACUCUUUGGCCAAUAGUUCAGUGUUAUCCAAGUCUCUCUUGAGGCAGGAGCGUUAGCAAACUGCCUGAUUUGUGGUUUCUUUUCUUUCUUUUUUGAGAGAAGGGCUCACUCUGUAGCCCAGACUAGCCUGGGACUCACUAUACACUCCAAGAUGGCCUUGAAUUUGCAGCUUGGGUUACAGGCGUCAGCUACCAUACCCAGUAAGGUUCCUUUUAUCUCCUUAUUCAGCUCUCUCAGAGGGUCUAGAAAGUCAAAGCUGUGAACAGUCUGGGUGUGGUAGCGCACACCUUUAAUCCUAGCACUCACACAGGCAGAGACAGGCCAAUCUUUAUGAGCUCAAUGCCAGCCUGGGAUGUAUAGCAAGCUCCACACCAGCCAAAGAUGUCAGGAGAUCUU